CUUUCAAUUUCAUCUCUUCAUUGUUGCUUCAUCAUCAUCACCUCUUCACGCACCUCACUCUUUCAUACCGGCGCCACGCUUGGUGGCUGGUCCAAUUUUGCCUCUCGCCUCGCCCCUCGCCCCUCGCCGCCUCGCCCGCGCGGUUUCGACGUCGGGGGAAACGGCGGCGUCGAACUUGCGCUCUCUGCUCGUGCGCCUGGCGCGGACUUCUCUCGUCGAGCCGUCACCGCCUGCGUUCGCUGCGCUCGCUGCGCUGCGCUGCCCUGCCCUGCGUCGUCGUUCUGCUAGGCUAGGCUGUUGACGAUGUCCUCGGCUUCGUCGACGUCGGCGCCUUCUUCGUCCUCCUUCUCCUCUUCCUCAUCCUCUGCGACCUCGUCAUCACAAUCGAGCCGCCCCUCGUCAUCGUCUUCCACCAUUAGCAGCUCAAACAGCGGCAACGACGGCCUAAGCAUCGGCCUAGGCCCCAUUGGCGUCUCCAUCGGCGGCAGCGGGAGCGAUUCAUCUUCAUCAUCCCGGUCCUCCUCCUCUUCUGACUCCAUGUCCUCCCCUACGCGCGACACGACCACCAAUACCAUGUCCUCGACAACGCCCACUACUACACGUCAAACAACGACGACUUCGGAUACUUCGACGUCUAUCACCUCGUCGACGACUUCCUCGUCCACUUCGGAUACCACCUCGCCGACUACCACUUCUCGGACCUCAGACACUUCCACGUCCUCUGAUACCACUCGCGUGAGUCCCACAACCUCUUCAACUUCCUUCUCUUCUUCUUCUUCUCGGGUUGGUGUUGCGCGCGCGGCGGGGUCCAUCUCUCCAUUCACUGGUAGCCUUGUGCCGGCAGCGAGGAUGUGUACUGACCUCUCGUACUCGCACUCGCACCUCUCGCCCCUCCCACUCCUCGCGCCGCGCAGACAUCUACCGCCGCCCCCGUCACGUCUACGGCAACGACGACCCCAACCAGCACAGCGGCGCCGCAAACAAGCAACAACAACAACAACAACAACAACAGCAAUGGCGCCGACACGCCCGUCGUCGUCACUUCCGUCGUCCAAGCCACCGCACCGGGCGGAUCGGCCGUAACCCUCACCUCGACCUCCCGCCCACAAAACGGAGAGCUCAAUGGCUCCAACGGUUCCGGCUCAUCGAGCUUCUUCGACAACAAUGGCGCUGU